CAUAACAACAGUCGUGUCUGAAGCGUACCUGUGACUGUGGACAAUUUAAGUGUGGAAUUGAUAUCAAGAAGUGUACGUUCUAUUUUCUACGUAACUUAAAAUGUCGGAUCAAAGUAAACCGAUCGAAGUAAGCUACGGAAUGCCGACGCUGAAUGAUUGGAAACUCUACUUCCGAAACAUGAAACAAGCACCGUUGGCACAACGGGAGGCGACGCCAGAAUCUUCCGAAGAGUCUUCCUUCGAAUUGGACGAAAGUUUCCGUGAAUUGCUGGACCGCAAGAGACAACAGAUGGCGAAGCAGACAAGCGAAGAAAAGAUGCUAGCGAGUGAAGAAGCAGCUACAGCCCGGGAAGAGCGCUCGGGAGCUACAUACCAACCGAGAGGCACUUCCGGGAACGAUUCCACCUUCCUGGAACAAGAUUCGAUUUGUAAAAUAUCGGACAUGAGUUUCGAAGAGAUGGAGAGGUUGUGUGGCGUAGUGGACAAUGUGAAGCGGUUGAGCGUGGGAGGUGUUGAACCGGCGGUUGGGGAGCAGGUAGAGAAAGCUUUACCAUCGAUUCCGACUACCUUCGGCGACAUAACCCAGCUAGAUGAUGUCGAUGAGCCUUCAGGGUUUUGGGAGAAUUCAAUUCUACCUGGCAGUGGCCAGAUUAUGUCCCCGAUGAAGCGAGUGCACGUGCUUCGACCGUCCACGAUUAUUGAAGAGUCGACCAUCAAUGAGGCUGGUGAGUCGAAGAAUUCUUCCAUCGAUACGUAUGUUUCUGCGCAGCAAAGGGAAAGUCAAGAAGCUGGUAACAGUAGCUCUGCGAUCAGUAGCAGUGAAAUAUACCGUACGGCGGAAGACACGUUCACAACGGACUCGUAUGCACGAAGCAGUGCCAUGGAUUCAGGUUUGGUUUAUGACAACACAUCCAGCGAUAACCAAACGGCCUUCGGACGUCACGAGCAGCACGAGGAUGAGUCUACUUACAGUAAAAAUUCGACCGCAGAGGCCGGCCUUACCGAAGUCCAAAACGUUAUUCUCCUGGACAGCAGUGCCAGUGAAUCUGAACAUGAAGAAGAUUUGCAUGCUCAAAUGGAUCCGUUGGAUUCUGUUCUCAGUGAGCAGAACGACAGCAUUGUUACAAAUGAACAGUCCUCCAUGCUGGAUGAUCUUGAUGAAAGCGAUUAUAAAGACCACAAUGUGUCGGAGUUGGAAGAAAUGCCGGAUCGUUUCAAUGACACGAUGGAGGAGACUGAUUUCAUGCUCCGACAGGGUAUGAAACUGAUGGCCAUGAAAAAGAAAGAGAAGGACCACCAGCUUGGCCAGAGUCUGAAACACGAUCAGCAGCAACAACAAAAAUCGCGCACAAUUUCGGACUCCGAAGACGGUGCAACAUACACUCGCCAUGUAGAACACCUGACUCCCGCCAACAAUAGUGCAAGUAAAGCAACAGCCGACACAUCCAAUUACACUUAUCUAACACCGUCCAGCGUGAUGAGAUCGAAACUAAACGUUUCUCAUGGCACCGGAAGCGGUUGCAAGCAGACGCUUUUCUCCAGUGUUGGAAAGAACAAUUCUGCGAAGAAACUUCCGGGUCCUCCGAGCGGCGGUUCGGCAAGUGGAGGAGCGUUCAAGAAACCAGUCGUUAGUCGCUUGCCGCAGGCAAAACUGGGAGCGUAUCGCAACUUUGAUCAUAUCGUUUCUCCAAUCGGGGCGUACAUCAAGAAAACACCCCAAAGUAUGCUGCAGACUAAGAUCAACUGCCCGAAUAAGAAUCUCAUCGAUGUUUUGCACAGCGAGAAUCGCGAUAGCGUAAUGAGCGCAGGUCGCAGCAGUAAGGAAAACCAUUACGGUGUCGCCAAAGGUUAUACACCGUCUCUGCCGGGUAAAGGAGUGAUCAGCUCGAAUCGUGCACACGUUCUGGACGAGAGAAAUCUGGUGCGCAUUCCAGGCGGUGAAAAGAUGCAGAAACUGAUCAACAACUCUCCCACCAUGGUCAUCCGUCACGAAGGACGAAUCAGGUAUGCAGGAGAAUCUGGUGGCGGUGGGGCUGGUCGUAGGUUGAUGAUGAACGACAGUACGAUCGGGGAUGAUAGUUUGAAGGAUAUCUCCGUCGCAUCUAAUGAUGUGUCGGUCCGAGUGCUCCACGAUGCAAAGCGGUUUUGAACUUUGAUGCUGUCGAAUAGAUCAUAUUUUAUUGUUCGCAUCACCUAUAUAUGUAUAAUUUUAAUAUUUUAACAAUAAACCAUCCGCAUUGGAACUCCCCAA